CCCACCUUCACCACCACUCGGGCAUCCCGCGGCCAAGCUUUCCAGCCUGCAUCUCACUUUCUGCAUACUGUUGGUUCUGCGAUUGAGUUCGAUGCAUUGGUAAUCCCAUCGGUGCUUUCCCGUCUCGUGACCUGCCUCUCGUCUGGACCUGGACAUGAGUCGCGGUCUACCGCAGUGGCUCUCAUGUGCCGCUGCCACCGCUCUCGUCCAUGCCCUCGGGUGGGACUCACAACGUACCAAACAGGUCUUGUUCACCCUCUUCGUCGCGUUCGAAUGGUUGCCAGAUAACUCGCAGGCCUGGCUGCUCGGUCUGGCCCGAACUGCCAUCCGUUAUGCCUUGAGCACGCUUGUCAUCUUUCAUCUGGCCCGGCGCCUGCUUGCCACGAGCACUCCUGCGAAAUGGAAUGGCCAUGGAAGAGUUCUGCUCUUCCCCGGUAAAACUACCCACUCAAGGCUCUUCCCAAAGCAUCAUUCCUUCGUCUACUCUUACCUGGUCGUUGGCAUUCCCGUUGGCUGGGAAGGAGUCUCGGGAGGGAUGGUCUCCGUGUCUUCUUCAGAUCAGUCGUGGUUUUCGAGACUACAGAGGGGCUGGUUCCAUGUUGAUCCCGCUGAUUAUCUUCACCGUGGAGACAGGCAAUUGGGUUUGCGAGGCAAGUUGGAUGCCUACCUCAGGACACAAGGGGCCGACCCAUCGGCCUAUCCCCAUGCGUACCUCGUAACAGCUGCCAGGUUCCUGGGAUAUCACUUCAAUCCAGCCUCCUUCUGGUAUCUGUACUCUGAGGACUUGUCACUUGCGGCGUUGGUCAUAGAAGUCAACAACACCUUCGAUGAGCGGCGCAUGUACUUUCUGACGCCGACAGAAGCAGACACAGGCAACCAAGUUGAAGGCUCGCCGGAGUCUGCUCGUGCAGAUUCCCGGAACCCGAGCAUACCUGCGGUGUUCAAGCAGGAGUGGCCGAAGGACUUCCACGUGUCCCCUUUCAACUCGAGAAAAGGCUCUUACAGCCUUCAGGCAUUUGACCCCCUCAGGUCCGUGGCGGAAGGCCGAGAGUUGCUUGAUAACACCAUAACUUUGAAGUCGUCCAAGAGCCACGGAAAGAUCGUUGCACGACUUGUCUCAAAUGGCCAGCCAAUUGAUCCUUCGACUAUGACCAUCACACAAAAAUGGCGCUUCCUACUGUCUUGGUGGUGGGUGGGAUUUGUCACCUUCCCCAGGAUUGUGAGGGAAGCCGGCCGUCUCUGGUUCCAGAGGAAGCUCCACGUAUGGUAUAGGCCUGAGCCCUUGAGAGAGAGCAUGGGACGCAACGCGGACUUUGCCGAACAGAAGCUGGAGCUCAUGUUUCGGAAAUACCUACGGAGCCUCGUCGAGCAGUGUCAAGCUCCUGUCGCCCUCAAAUAUGUCCCAGGUGGGCUGGGCGAGUCUGGCAGGGAGCUGAUGCUCUCCCCUGCCGCCAAAGACAAAACGGACGCAGAUAUUGACGAGGUGGAAUUCAAAGUCCUGACGCCUGUAUUCUACACUAGAUUCGUGUUUUACGCACACGACCUGGAGGCCCUCUUCUCCGAACUGCGCGAGAGCUGCACAAUCUGGGUGUCACGCCCGGAAAUCCUGCCGAAAAUAUUGUUUAAGAAGCCUGCUCCGGUGCUGGAGGCGAGGGGCCCUAUAGACUACGCCCUUUUCGAGGCCAUUCGGUACUUGAGGCAACGACCGGAAACGAUUGUCCGGCCAUUGACAUCAAGCCAAAACCUGCGAGAAUCCCCGCCUACUACUGCGGUGGACAUACGCGACUUUCGGAUCUCGUCUAUGGACGCCUUUAUUCUUCAGCAAGAGGACACGGACAUGCGAAAACGGUACAGAAAUCUAGUACUCAAGAUUUUCGUGGCUCACCGGUUGACCUUCGGGAGCAUGUUGCUUAUCGACGCGGCUCUGAUUGUGCUGAGGACGUGGCUGGCCUGGACUGCGACCUUCGCACUGGAGGACAAGACACGCAUGUUUGGGUUCGCCGCGGCGCUGUGGAUAUGUGGGUAUGAAUAGGCGAGGUGACGCAGGCGCAGAGACACCUGUUAUUUAUCGAACCCGGGAUGCCCGGGACUGGCGGAGCGCACCCAAGACUCCCGACUAUCUCCUUACGCCUUGCCAGUCUCCUAGAUGCUGGGUGCAUGUCGUGUUGCACGACUGGGAUCGCCAAAAGCUGCCCGUGCGAUCUACAUUGCAGUUCCUAGCAGCGCGCAGUGUCUCAAAUCAGCGACUACAUAUGAGCUUGCACCUGCUUUGUCAGACAGACUACACGUCGUGAAGCCACCGGUCAGGGCAGCCUCACUAGGGGAUGACGUUAAAACAGAUUCGACGAGAUGGUUGUCUGCAGGUGUUGUGGCAACUCAGAUGCCCAAACAGGAAAGACUGCACAGCCCUCAUUCGCUGGGCGUUGAGUUUGUGAGCAAAAGGAAUAAAAGCUUGAUUCGGAAAGUUUCCCCACCUAAUCAG